AUGGUUGUCUUCAGCAAGGUCACUAUUGCCUUGGCCGGUCUGGCCUCCGUUGCUUCGGCCGUCCCCACUGGCGGCAAGAAGAGCAGCUUCACUGUCAACCAGGUUGCUGUGCCUGCCACCAAGACCCAGAACUUGGCCAACAACUACGCCCGUGCUCUCGCCAAGUACGGUGGUAACGUGCCUACCCACGUUUACGCUGCUGCUCAGCAGAGCGGUUCUGCUACCACCACCCCGGAGGAUAACGAUGAGGAGUACCUCACUCCUGUCAACGUCGGUGGUACCACCCUGAACUUGGAUUUUGACACCGGCUCUGCCGAUCUCUGGGUUUUCUCCUCGGAGCUUCCCACUUCUGAGCAGGAGGGUCACAGCCUCUACAAGCCUAACAACGGCACCAAGCUGUCUGGCUACUCCUGGUCCAUCUCCUACGGAGACGGAAGCUCCGCCAGCGGUGAUGUCUACAAGGACACCGUCUCCGUCGGCACUGUCAAGGCCUCCGGUCAGGCUGUCGAGGCUGCCUCCAAGAUCAGCCAGCAGUUCACCCAGGACCAGAACAACGACGGCCUGCUCGGUCUCGCUUUCAGCUCUAUCAACACCGUCAAGCCCAAGACGCAGACCACCUUCUUCGACACCGUGAAGUCUACUCUCGCUUCUCCUCUCUUCGCCGUCUCCCUGAAGCACAACGCCCCCGGCUCCUACGACUUCGGCUUCACCGACCAGUCCAAAUACACCGGAUCCCUGACCUACACUGAUGUCGACAGCUCUCAGGGCUUCUGGAGCUUCACCGCUGACAGCUACAAGAUCGGUUCCCAGUCCGGCAGCUCCAUCAAGGGUAUUGCUGACACCGGUACCACCCUCUUGCUGCUCGAUGAUGAGGUCGUCUCCGCCUACUACAAGCAGGUCAGUGGUGCUGCUUCGGACUCCUCGGCUGGUGGCUACACCUUCGAUUGCUCUGCUACCCUGCCUGACUUCACGGUUACCAUCUCCGGCUAUGAUGCUGUUGUCUCUGGUGAUCUGAUCAACUACGCCCCCGUCUCUCAGGGCUCCUCCAAGUGUUUUGGUGGUAUCCAGAGCAACUCUGGUCUGGGCUUCUCGAUCUUUGGUGAUAUCUUCCUGAAGAGCCAGUAUGUUGUCUUCGACUCCAACGGCCCUCGCCUUGGUUUCGCUGCUCAGGCCUAA